AUGGAGGAUCAUCCACCCCUCACACAUCCAGUUAAGGAAGAGAGAAGAACACCGGAGAGAUGUCCCAGUUCUCCUCUUCUUCCACAGGAUGGUUCAGAAGAACAUCACGAUGUCCAACAGGAUGAUCAGGUAGAUGGAGAUAAGGGUAUCAUGAUGGAGGAUCGCUGGCCCCUCAUAUCACCAGUUAAGGAAGAGAUAAAAACACCGGAGAGAUGUUCCAGUCCUCUUCCACAGGAUGGUUCAGAAGAACAUCACAAUGUCCCACAGGAUGAUCAGUUUUUGGAUCCGGGAAAAGAUCUGAACAUUAUAUAUGUUACAGAGCCAUAUGAGAUGGAUGACGAGCAGAGUAUAGAGGACAUUCCUACAGAUAACCGCCCAGACACUGUAGCUCAAAGUUACAGAAGUUUUGUUAACCGUCAAAGAACUCACACCGGGGAGAGGCCAUUUACAUGUUCAGAAUGUGGGAAAAGUUACAGGAUUAAAUCAAGUCUUGUUACACAUCAGAGGAGCCACACAGGAGAGAAGCCAUAUUCCUGCUCAGACUGCGGGAAACGUUUUACAGAUAAAUCAAAUCUUGUUAAACAUCAGAGAGUCCACACAGGAGAAAGGCCGUAUCCGUGUUCUGAUUGUGGAAAACGUUUUAGCAUGAAAUCACAUCUUGUUAAACAUCAUAGGAGUCACACAGGGGAGAAGCCAUUUGCAUGUACAGAUUGUGGGAAAUGUUUUACAGAUAAAUCACAUCUUAGCAGACAUAAGAGGAGCCACACAGGGGAGAAGCCGUUUUCAUGUUCACAAUGUGAAAAACGUUAUAAGCAUAAAACAGAAUUUGUUAGACAUCUGAGAACUCACACAGGGGAGAAACCUUUUCCAUGCCCAGAAUGUGGGAAGGCUUUUAACCAGAAAUCCGAUCUUGUUACGCAUCAGAGAAUUCACACAGGGGAGAAGCCAUAUUUGUGUUCAGAAUGUGGGAAACAAUAUGGCGUUAAAUCACAUCUUCUUAGACAUCAGAAAAUUCACACAAGGGAGAAGUCAUUAUGAUAAGAAAGCUGGAAAUGGUUUCCUCAGAGAUCAAUUCUUGCUGAGCAUUAGAAAACUUCACUGUCCUGAAUUUGAAAAAAUCAUCAGGGAAGUAGUUUUUUCUUUUAACUUUUUUUUUUUAAUUGACAGAUACUAGACAGCAAAAAAUGCAGCCAUUAACCGUAAAAGUAAAGUCAAAUGUCAGAGAAAGAGGAAGCAAUUAAGAGCACUAAAUGACAAUUACAGUAUAUAUGCAAUUAUUGGUGGUGGUGGGUUUGGUGCUGAACUUCUUCUGCCUAUCGCUGUAUUCGGCUAUCUCUGGAACUACCAUAAAAAAUUAUUGAGCAGCUGUGCGCAUGCAUGACUGGCUGCUCCGUAAAUUUUUGGGGGCUCCAUGGGGCCCAAAUUCUUGUGAUUGGUGGGGGUCCCAGUGGUAGGACCCCCAUCAAUCUAAAAGCUAUCCCCCACCCUGUGGAUAGGAGAUAAUUUAACAUAACCGGAAUAUCCCUUUAAAGACAAAGGAGCACCAUAGAGCAGUGAAGAUGUCAGACUUGUAGCCCUAUUGGCUUCUUUGUUCUCCCAAGGAUACUGUAGAGCAAACUUGACUAAAGAUGCAAAUGGAAAAGUAGGGUUUAUAUUAUGCUGCCAGGACAAGGAAUUGCCAUGGAACCAUGGAAAUUUGAGUGAACCUCUGCAAUUCUUUGUCCAGGCAGCACAAUAUAAACCCAACUUUACCUAUUGUAGGUCUGUUAUCCAAAAACCCAGAUAUACACCUGUGCGUCCACCACGUGCAUACAGUAUUCUAUACCUGCAUUUGCAUUUAUAUUUGCAUAUCAAAGCUUUUUAAAAUUAUAGUUAUUAUUAAUACAGAUGAGUGAAUCGAUGCUUAAAUUCAAUGUAAAUUUUCCCCAAAAUUCUGAUUCUUUCUAAUCCAAUUUGCUUGCGGUUCGAUUCCGGAGAACUGAGAAAGACGAGAGACAGAAAGAUGGGUUGCUUUUGAUUCGAGUCUAAUUUAUAUGGACGCAAAUCAAAUUGGUCGACCGAUUCGGUUAAAUCAGACCCUAAUUGAAUUUUAAGCAACACACAAAUCUCUAAUCGUUAAUAAACAUUUGCUUUUAAAACUUCUAUCCUUGUGUUUGGGCUUAUUUUUCUUUGUUCUUUAGAAGUUUGGAAUGAUAUUACCUCAGAACCUAUGGAGAGUGUUUCAAAUAUUGAUAUUAAUUUGGGUCCAGCUCUUCUCCCUCCCUGGUGAGUCCUGUGUAUAUGUUUGUAUGGUCAGAUCUGUGUCUGUUCAUCUAGGGCAGGGAUGCUCAACCUGCGGCCCUCCAGCUGUUGUAAAACUACAACUCCCACCAUGCCCUGCUGUAGGCUGAUGGCUGUAGGUUGUCCGGGCAGGCUGGGAGUUGUAGUUUUGAAACAGCUGGAGGGCCGCAGGUUGAGCAUCCCUGAUCUAGGGCCUUUGAAGUUGCCUUCUAGCUAGUCACACCUCAGCAACCCGUAAUAACACAGUGCUGGGUCAUAAAACUCAAGAAUCUAUCUAUACUCAGAUCCUCCACAGUGACAUAAGAGGAUGGGGGGAUGGAUAUAGAAAGAGAACGUUUAUAAGGUAUGAAAAACCAGGGCUGGGGGUCAUUUCUUAGUGGCUCAUCAAAGUAGUGAAGAUUUGUCCUGGUUUUCUGCCUGCCCCAGCAUCAGAGCCUAUGCCAUCAACAUGAGUGUUAGGUUUCUUUUUUAUUUCCUCUAAUUUUAAGAAACUGUUGUACAUUGUAUUUCUGUAUGUCUUUUGUUACACUUUUUUGUGUAUAUAAGCAUUGUGACUCUUUUCGUCAUAAUAAACUCCAUUUAAUAAGU